CCCAAAUUCUUUCUCUCACUGUUUCUUCAAUUGUUAAUCAGUUUCUUCUAAAAACGAAAUUCCUUGUCCAUUCCAUCUUCAAUAGUUUUCCAGGGUCAGCCAAGAAAUACCCAAAGCGAUAAUGGCAAUGGCAAUAACAACAGACAGUGGAAGUAGUGGAUGGAGCAUGCUAUCUUUAAAGUCAGCUCUGCCGCCAGUGACUUCCACAGCUUCUUCAAUUAAAUUACCAUGUCGCCGUCGUUCUACCAAGUGCCCUCAGCUUGUGCGUUCCUUCUCUGCUCUCUCUCCUGUCAACCCUGUCCAUUCCCUUGGCUUCUCUGACCUCAACAGCUUUGAGCACAAUUUCACCAUAAUCGAUAAUGGUUAUCGAUUUUAUGCUAUGAGGCAUGGAAGAAGAGUACCUAAACUCAACAGGCCUCCGGACCAGCGACGUGCACUUCUACGAGGCCUCACAACUCAGCUCCUUAAGUAUGGUCGGAUCAAAACUACCAGGGCUAGGGCAAGCGCUAUGAGGAAGUAUGUUGACAAAAUGAUCACCUUAGCUAAGGAUGGUUCUCUUCACAAAAGGAGGCAGGCUCUUGGCUUCAUUUAUGAGAAACAAAUUGUGCAUGCCCUAUUUGCUGAGGUGCCAGACAGGUAUGGUGACAGAAAUGGUGGGUAUACAAGAAUUAUUAGAACCCUGCCUAGGAGAGGGGACAAUGCACCAAUGGCAUACAUUGAACUUGUAUAGGUACUUUCUGUUCUU